AUGGAGUGGACCCAGAGGGAGAGGAUCCCGUGGGAACAGACCCCGAUGGAGCCGAUCCUGCGGGAGCGGAUCCUGAAGGAGCCGAUCCUGCGGGAGCGGAUCCUGAUGGAGCAGAUCCCGCAGGAGCGGACCCCGAUGGAGCGGAGCCCGCAGGAGCGGAUCCUGAUGGAGCGGACCCCGUUGGAGCCGAUCCCGAUGGAGCGGAGCCGGCAGGAGCGGAUCCCGAUGGAGCGGAGCCCGUUGGAGCCGAUCCCGAUGGAGCGGAGCCGGCAGGAGCGGAUCCCGAUGGUGCGGACCCCGAUGGAGCAGAGUGCGCAUGAGCGGACCCCGAUGGAGCGGAUUCCGAUGGAGCGGACUCUGAUGGAGCGGACUCUGAUGGAGCGGAUCCCGCGGGACCGGACCCCGAUGGAGCCGAUCCCGAUGGAGCGGAGCCCGCAGGAGCGGAUCCCGCGGGACCGCACCCCGAUGGAACGGAUCCCGAUGGAGCAGAGCCCGCAGGAGCUGAUCCCGAUGGAGCGGAUCCCGCGGGACCGGACCCCGAUGGAGCCGAUCCCGAUGGAGCGGAGCCCGCAGGAGCGGAUCCCGCGGGACCGCACCCCGAUGGAACGGAUCCCGAUGGAGCAGAGCCCGCAGGAGCUGAUCCCGAUGGAGCGGAUCCCGCGGGACCGGACCCCUGUGGAGCCGAUACCGAUGGAGCGGAGCCCACGGGGCGGAUUCCGAUAG